UUUAGGAGUUUGCAGAUGCUGUUUGCAAUCUCUUAUUUCUCGGCGUGUGGGCUAUGAAGCAUGAAAAUACACGCUUGGGCAAGCUCAUCUUCUCUUUGGUAAUUGUUGCAUCUCUGCAUCAUCCUUAUACCCUUGCCUGAAGUACGUAUGAUUAUUCACCACGUUUAACAGAAGUAUGGGCGUCCUCGGGAACCACACAAAAUACAUGUAGAAGAACUAAUUGCACUAAGCACGGAAUGUAGGGGGUAAUUAUAUCAUUUCAUUGCCUUUUGAUAUUGAUUUAAGCAAACGGUAAAAACUUAUGGGAACAAUGGCAGGAAAAUAUUGCAAAGCUGCUAUAGGAUUUUUACUAAACAGCUUUUCCAACAGAAGGUUUUUUUGGAUAUGUGUGAUCCUUCUUUCCGCUUGGAAUAUGACUACGAUUUUUCUUCUUAUGAAGAACAGAUCUGAUACAGAUUCGACAAGCAUUGGGGUAACCACGUCGUAUCUUAGUUGGAUAAAUACCUUCCCUGCCGUUAGCUUAUGCUUGUCUAAAAACAGGAUUACAAAAGAGUUUUCGGAAGCAGUGAAACGUCGCGCUGCUAACAACCAGUCUCCUUCGUAUACAUACAUAAGAACAUUGUAUGAUUACCUCUUUAUAAAUCCAAAUAACUUGUAUUUAAAAGAAGAAUACUGCAAGGACUUCAAUUCGACCUGUGGAGUUGAUAUUUUAGACAUGAGGAAAGAGUUGUUUGCCAGCUCGUGUACAGAGUUUAUGGAACAAAUUUACUUCUCUGAAAAACUUAUACCCAACUGCGAGGAAAUAUUCAAGUUUCACGAACUAGAAAUGGGAUAUUGCUUUCUAGCCAAUAACUUGAUUGAUUAUCAAAAGAUCGAAAAAAUGCCUUUGGUAUAUUCUUCAUUGGACGAAUACCGGAAUUUAAGAUUAGUUCUUCGAAGUGGCCUAAUAUAUCGAUAUGAUCUAUACAUUCACAGCCCUGAAAACCAGCCUUAUUUUAAUGCUUUAUCCUAUACGAUUACAUCGGAUCCAUCAGUACACAGUUUCAAUGUGGAAGGAAUAGACAACCACCACGAUGUUAUUGAUGAACCAGUUUCUCAACGAAUGUGCAAAUUCGACACGGAGACCAAUGACAAUAAAGUUCUGUACAGUUUUUCCUCAUGCAUGUCCGAAAUUCGAAGUGAAAUUGAAAUGAAACUCUGCAACUGUACUUUAUUUAACCAGAGAGAAAAAAAUCCUCUAAAAUAUUGCGGAGUUGAAGGGAUCGUGUGCUUGGACAAAGAAAAUCUAGCAACUAAAGUAAAGAGCUAUGUUGGUUCUAAUAUGGUAUGCUUACCAUCCUGCAUGGAACAACAGAUAAGCUACGUUGGGUCUCGAGAAAAAAAUUUCAACGAAUACGGAGAUUCAAUCAUGGUCGAAAUCGAAAUAACAUCACCACCAACAGCCAGAUAUUUCAGAGCAGUCACACAAACAAAAUUGGAUUUAGUAGUUGCCAUUGGUGGUGUAAUUGGCCUUUUCACUGGAGCAUCCUUGUUGAACAUCUUGGAAAUUAUUUCAAUGAUUUUUUCUAAGAUUAGGCUUAUGUUUAAAAACUAAACUAGUCGCAUACCCGGUACUCAGUUUCCACAUAGCACAUUCCGUCGAAUCUCUCUCUCCCUCGUUCCACCAACGAAUUUACAUCCGGCGGUUAUAUCGCGCCCACUCCACCAGAGUGCACACUGGUCGAGGAAGAUUGUGAGAGAGAGAGAGAGAGAGAUCUAAACGCAUCUAAAAUACCAUUUAAUAUACCAUAAUUUUUUACAUACCGGAUAUAAAUACAUUUUAAUUUGCUGGUUGUACAGACUUAGGUGCAAGGUGCUUUUGUGCCUUUUAAAUGGCCAUAUACAUCUGCAAUCUAAUCGUAUCUGUGCUUAAUUAUUAUUUUCAAAUAGAUCUAAAUGAUAGUUUGCGAUUUCAUUUUCAAUGAAUAUAUUAAGAUCUCGGGAAUUCUCCGUUUUCACUUUAUGGACAGAAGUAUUUAAUUUAUGAUUUUUAUAACGUAAUCCAACUCUGAAAUAAAGAUAUGAAUUAUACCUUAAA